GCUUUCUUUCUUUCUUUCUUUCUUUCUUCUUCUUCUUCUUCUUCUCCUUCUUCCUCGGGAUUCGAUCCGACAAGAAAACAGUUGAGUUCAAUUCCCAAGGUGGUGCAUGUACUAUUUUACUACUUGAUCUUCCCCAGCUCUUUUCUAAUUUCGGAAUCAGUUGAAGUUUAGAGCUAGCACAGAGGUCAAAUUGAUUUUGCUUCUUGGGGAAAGAUUCAAUCAACCCAGAUCUGUGGAUUAAAAAGGAGCUUGAGAUCCUGGUUGCUUGAUUUGACUCAAAAUACCUCUAAACUGCAGGGUGAAAAUAUGAAUACAUUUGCAACAGUUCCUCCGGGAUUUCGCUUCCAUCCCACUGACGAAGAACUUGUUGAUUAUUACCUUAGGAAGAAGGUUACAUCAAGAAGAAUUGAAGUCGAUGUCAUUAAAGAUGUUGAUCUUUAUAAAAUCGAGCCAUGGGAUCUUCAAGAGAUAUGUAGAAUAGGAACAGACGAGCAAAAUGAAUGGUACUUCUUCAGCCACAAAGACAAGAAAUAUCCAACCGGUACUCGCACAAAUAGAGCCACUGCUGCUGGGUUCUGGAAAGCAACAGGAAGAGACAAGGCCAUUUACUCUAAGCAUGACUUGAUUGGGAUGAGGAAAACCCUAGUCUUCUACAAAGGUCGAGCCCCCAAUGGGCAAAAAUCAGACUGGAUCAUGCAUGAAUACCGCCUUGAAACAGAUGAAAAUGGAACUCCCCAGGAGGAAGGAUGGGUGGUGUGUAGGGUUUUCAAGAAGAGAAUGGCAACAGUGCGCAAAAUGAACGAGUACGAAUCACCCUGCUGGUACGAGGAUCAGUACUCCUUCAUGCCAGAUGUUGACUCUCCGAAACAAUCCUCAAACCCUAAUUUGGGUUACCACCACCUCUCUUACUCUUGCAAAAAAGAGCUGGAUUUGCAGUACCAAAUUCAUCCCCAGGAGCACUACCUACGUCUUCCUCUCCUAGGGAGCCCAAAACUGCUGCAUCCCGCCGGCACUCUAAGCUGCAUCUCCAUGGCUGCCCACGGACUCAACAUGAACAAUGCUAGCACGUUGCAGUCUUCAUCCCUUACACAGGAAGAACACUUGAAUGCAAUAUAUGGUACUGGCAGCAGUGCGCAAGCGGUGGAUGAGAUGACGGAUUGGCGUGUUUUGGAUAAGUUUGUUGCAUCUCAACUCAGCCAAGAGGAUGUUUCUAAGGAAAGCAGUAACGUGUUUCAUUCAUUGGAGCAGACAAGUUCACUUCUCUGCAGACUGCCGGAAAAUGUCUCCACGGCAUCAACCUCUGGUGGACAGAUUGAUCUUUGGAAGUGACAGCACCUAAACUUAUAUAUAAUAUCAACUGAUUAUAUGACAUAAAUAUUAAUUAAUCUGUUUCAAGGAGAGGAAAAAUUAUGAUUUAUAUUUCUGUACAUAAUAAAAUUAGUAUUAUAUA